AGAGAGAGAGAUGCAGAGUGAGGGAGGAGAGAGGGGACAGGCAGAGAGCAGUCCUUCUCCGUUGGAUGCGCUGCUGUUGGUUGUUCUGGUUAAACCUCCAUCCUCGGCACACAGCGUCACUCGAAGACUAUGACUGAAAGAGCUCCCAGUCCAAGGUGAACCAGCUGGGAAGAUAAAAGCUACACCUCCUCCAGAGAAAUGAGGACUAUCUCCCUGGGCGUUGUAUGGCUCUGUCUUGGCCUGUCCCUGGACGCGUUGUCUCUGAAUGGACGGAGAAUAGAGACAGCAGAUGGAGAGGGAACUGAAGCUGCCAUCAGAGGAGAGAAGCUGCUCAAAAGAGUGAGACGAGGCUGGAUGUGGAACCAGUUUUUCCUGCAGGAGGAGUAUACAGGGAGCGACUACCAGUACAUCGGCAAGCUCCAGUCGGACCAGGAUCACGGCAGUGGCUUAGUCAAGUACGUCCUGUCUGGCGAGGGGGCCGGCACCGUCUUUGUCAUUGAUGAAAAUAAUGGUGACCUGCACGCCACUCGCCGCCUGGAUCGCGAGGAGAAGGGUUUCUAUAUCCUCAAAGCCACAGUGGUCAACAAACGGACAGGUCUAAAGCUGGAGCCAGAGACCGAGUUCACCGUCAAACUCCACGACAUCAACGAUAACGAGCCUCAGUUCAGCAAAGAAGUUUACACCGGCAGCGUACCUGAGAGGUCGGAUAUCGGUACAUCAGUCAUGCAGGUGACAGCAACAGAUGCUGAUGACAGUAUGUAUGGGAGCAGUGCCAAACUGGUGUACAGCAUCAGCCAGGGACACCCGUACUUCUCCGUGGACCCAAACACAGGUGUGAUCCGGACGGCCUUGGGUCCUGGUGACAUGGACCGAGAGCAGAGGGAGCAUUACCAGGUGGUGAUUGAAGCUAAAGACAUGGCUGGACAGAGAGGGGGGCUCACUGGAACCACCAUGGUGAACAUCACCCUCACUGAUGUCAACGACAACCCUCCCCGCUUCACUCAGAGUAUUUACCAGUUCAAAGUUCCUGAGUCGUCCAAGUCUGGCAAUCCAGUUGGGAGAAUUCUUGCCACUGACAGAGACAUCGGGAAGAACGCUGAGAUGUAUUUCACCAUCGUCAGUGGAGACGGCAUGGACAUGUUCGACAUCUCCACUGACAAGGACACUCAGCAGGGAGUCAUUACUGUCAGCAAGCCUUUGGAUUUUGAGAAGAAGCCGUCGUACACAGUAGAGAUCCAGGUGCAGAACACCCAGGUGGACCCUCGCUUCAUGUCCGCAGGCUCCAAAGCCAUGGCCACGGUUCGGAUUGGUGUGGAUGACGUGGAUGAGCCACCGCUGUUCUACAAAGCCAGCUAUCUGAUGGAGGUGAAGGAAGACGCUGCAGUGGGCGUGGCCUUGGGUUCAGUCAGCGCCAUGGACCCCGAUGGAGCUCGCAGCAUGGUCAAGUACUCUAUUGACCGCCGCACAGACAUGGACCACCUGUUCAACGUCCAUCUAGGGAAUGGAUCUGUGUUCCUGCUCAAAGCCCUGGACAGAGAGGAGACUGCCUGGCAUAAUAUUUCCAUCAUCGCCACUGAGUUCAAUAACCCCCGUCAGAGCAGCCAUGUUCCCGUCUACAUCCGCCUGCUGGACAUCAACGACAACGCUCCCACCUUCGCCACCGUGUACGAAACCUUUGUCUGUGAGAAGACAAAGGCUGGUCAGCGGAUCCAGACAGUGAGUGCCGUCGAUGCCGAUGAGCCGUCGAUGGGACACAAGUUUUUCUUCAGCCUGGCUCCUGAGGGGACACAUCGCAGCAACUUCACUGUCCGAGACAAUGGAGAUAACACUGCUGGCAUCCUGACACGUAGAGCCAGCUACAGCCGCCUUCACCAGAGCAUCUACCUUGUUCCUGUGGUGAUCACCGACGGCGACUACCCCAUGCAGAGCAGCACCGGCACUCUCACUGUGAGGGUGUGCACCUGCGACCGUGAAGGCAACAUGGAACUGUGCAAUGCAGAGGCUCUGAGCAGCUCUCCAGGUCUCAGCACCGGAGCACUCAUCGCCAUCCUCCUGUGCGCCAUCAUACUGCUGAUGAUCGUGGUUCUGUUCACAGCCCUGAAACGCCAAAGAAAGCAGGAGCCUCUCAUCAUCUCCAAGGAAGAUGUCCGGGACAAUGUGGUGAGCUACAAUGACGAGGGUGGAGGCGAGGAGGACACUCAGGCUUUUGACAUUGGAGCACUGCGACACCCUGACGCAGCCGCCGCCUUAGAGGAGUCGGCCAAACAGAGGCGUGACAUCAUCCCCACUGACACUCUGCUCUACCCGCCACACCGCCGACAUGCCGCUGCCACCUCUGGCCUCAUCAUGCCGCCGGUAAGCAUGCCAGUCACGGAUAACGGGGACGUACGAGAGUUCAUCAAUCAGAGAGUGCUGGAGAACGACUGUAACCCGACAGCACCGCCAUACGACUCGCUGGCCACCUACGCCUACGAAGGCGCAGGCUCAGUGGCCGAGUCACUGAGCUCACUGGGCUCAGCGUCGUCAGAGGCCGAGCAGGACUACCACUACCUGAGUGACUGGGGGCCCAGGUUCAGGAAACUAGCUGACCUGUACGGGGCUGACGACAAUGACUUCUCCUAACAAACACAAACUCACUUCCCUGUCAGAGACAGCUUCAGGAAAGAUUUUGAUCAAUGCAGGGCAAGGACAGCAACACUCCACUUCCACAAACUCAAUAUAAGGGAUUACGAACAUUAUUGAUGAGCUUUAAGAAAAUCUUGCUGGCAGAUGUUUAUUCCAUUUAAUGGGAUAUUAGAGAAUGCCACCUGAUCCUUGGCCUGUCUUCACUGCACAUGGAUCCAACAAUGGAGAGCUUACCAAGUCAUUUUAAACAGGGGACAAAAGUCCUAAAUAUCUCAUUUUGGGGAUGGGAACGAAUGGAUAUAGAAAUGCUAAUCAAACAGUGCAACAAUGAAGCAGUGUGAACCUCUUCAAAGACCCUCAAUUAAUCAAAAUUGGACUGUAUUUUGUAGACUUCGACUUAAAAUACUUUCAGGUUUUCUCCUGUGUUACCAAUUCACCAUUUUGCAGAGUGUUUCUUGUGGCGUUACAUGCACAAUAGAAGGCAAACUGAAUGGAGUAAAGUGUUGGCAACCAGGUCAGUCAACAAAACCCCUGUGUAGUUAUUUCAGGACCGGACCACACACACUUACCUCUGCAGAUAUAAAGUGAAGAGUGUGAGGAAGACACAUUUUUUCUUUUUGACUAAGUGCCCUUCUGCUGCCCUUCAAGCUGAACUAUGGAUGCCUGUAGGCUGAGACUGGAGGGGGCUAAUGACUCUUGCAAGAUUGCUUUUUGUCUUUUUGCUGUCUUGUAAAAAUGGACCAUUCCAGACGAGCUGAUGGAAGAAUCCUCGCUUGAAAAACGCCUUCUUCGGGGCACAGAGUAAAAAGAGGACAAACCAUUUGACUAAAUGCACUGAUUUCUUUAUGUUUACAUAUUUUUUUUUAUGUUUGUGCAGUACACAAAAAGAAGAUAAUGUUCAUGGCAUAAUUUCUAGAUUGUAUUCCUCUUGAGUAUGUGUAUAUUGUGUCAGAAAUGUGGUUGAACUGAGUUAUGUACGUUCUAUAAAUAGUUAAUUUCACUGCACUCUUUUUUUCUAUGAUGGAAUGCAACUUCAGACAGUAUGUUGAACAAUGUUUUUAAAAAAAAAAGUAUUUACAUUGAGAAUAUGCUUUAUAUUUACAUAAAGGACAUGUGGAAUCCCUGCCUACGCAGUAGAGCUGUCACUUUUUAUUCAGAAUUCAGAUUCACUUUUUCUUUCAGCUCUAUGAUUUGGUUUUCCGCCCCGCAGUAUUACAGUUUGGACUGAGUCUCACCGCUCUCAUUAACCUCUUUUGGAGCAUUGAGCAGGUAAAGAGACAGAUAGUUUAGCUUAUUUUAGCUUAAUUUAGCUUAGAUUAGUUUAGCAUUAAGACUGAAAAAAGGGGAAACAGCAUCCACCUGCCAGCACCUCUAAAGCUAAUUAAUUAACACCGUGUAUCUCGUUUUUUUUUUAUACAAAAACCAAAGAGUAAAAAUAAACAGGGUGAGGUUCUAUUUCUAUUCUGUCUAUUUGUUGAAUGGGUGCGCCAACGUCCCCUGGUUGCCUGGCAAAUGGCCAAAAAUGCAAUAAAUGAAGGUCUAACACAAACUAACAAAAUGUGCUCAGCAGAUAAUCAUGACACCAAACCAUCUGAGAAGUAAAGUGCUGAAGCAUUUUGGAUUGAACACUUUAGAUGGAUGCUGAAAAAGAUAAAAGUAAAGGCAGCAGGACGCCAUCAGUCUAACAAUGUCGGCCCACCAUUAGCUUAGGACUGGCUCUGUGGCUUGAUUCAAAUUCAUUUCAACAAAUUAUGUGUUCGGGCUGAAUCGUGCAAACUUGACCUUUUGAAAAAGUGACAGCCCUACUUCACAGCCAGCAUUGCAGCUUGAAUGUCUUACAAUGACUGGUAACCUUAUUUUCAGCUUCAUAUUAAUUCCUGCUCAAACCUGCUUUCUUCCAUGUGUUUUACUCUCUACUUUGUCUGAGAGAAAAAAAAAAAGCUUUCCUGAUUUAUUUGCUCACUUUUAUUCAGCCCACUCAGAGACUUGAGGUUUUGUUGUUAAAUGUUGUAAUUAACUGACACUGGAAGGCACCGUAUUCAUCAUUUGCUUUGAUGUCCCAGUACUACUGAAGCAAAAGGUCAAAAUCACAACAGUCAACCUCAGUGCUAUGUUCAGAAUAACAUAAUUCAAGUGAGGGAUGAAAGUAUGAAGUCGGGAUCAUUUACUGAUUCAGACUUUUGUUAUCCUGAAUUGAUAUCAGGAGUUUGUAUUGUGUGUUUUGGCAGUUCCAGUAAAAGCAGCAGUUUAUUCUAGUUGUGUUUUGUGACUGUGAUCUGCUCUGAAGGCUGAAAACAACAAUGUCCACAUAUUUUUCUUUAUAUUGUAAUUCAUUCUUUUUGUACCAAAUAUUUAUAGGAAACGAUGAUGAUAUUCUUGGAGGGAAAAAAAUGUAAAUACUGUCCAGCUUCACUGUUUUUUAAUGUCAUUUUGGAGGUGUGAAACUCUUUGUGGCAGUCUACCGUCCGUAUAUGAUGUAUUAUCAAGUUCUUUAAUUUUAUCAAAAUAAAGUUUUACAGUGAAAGAAACAACCACGGGAAACCACUCAUUACAAAUGCCUCUUCUAAAAAGUUACUCAACUACAGAAAAUGAAGUCUCCACAGAGGGAAAACACAUUCUGCUUUUCCUUCCAACAGCAGAAACAAAACUCAGUUCUGUAGCUCAGUAAAAAGUAUUUCCACUGCCCAGUGCCCACAGCCUGUUUGUCCCGGGGGGGCGCCCUGAGGCUCAAUCUGACCCAGUGCAUGCAACACACAAGGCACUAAAAGCAAAUCUACAAAAGUUCACAUAAGAUAUUUCUGUCGCAGACUGUCCUGCUGACAUGAACUACACAGCUGAGGUGUGUCUGGUUAGAGAUGUGUGUCCACCGCCCGCCUCCUGAUCUCCUGCGGCACUCUCAUUGGAUACUGUUUCCUGUCUCAGUCUCCAAAGGAUGUUUGAAAACUAUUGGAGCAGGACACAUUCACAAGUUCAAAUUCAUUUGUCAGUAUACAUAUUAAAUCCAUUUUUGAUAUGCUGUUGGUGUUGAUUGAUUUAUUGUAAACAAACUUCUAAAACAGUAGGCCUAUAUUAUGAAUUAUAUUAUGACUAGAGCGUACUACACCCCAACGGCCCUGGUAAAAAAUUAAAACUCAGUUUCACUGCGUGUCAGUAAUUUUG